CCUUCCUCUCCUGUCAUAAUUUUAUUUUGUAGGAAAAUAAAAUAAAGUAGGUACAUACAUGUACGACAACUUAUUGAAAUUUUAGUGAAUAUUUUGUUUUAAUAGAGCAUGAGUGCUAAUAAAAAUGCAGGUCGUGAACUGCGAGAUGGUUGGGUACUCUGUUCAUCAAAGUCAAAUCCAGGACGGAAAUAUUAUUUCAACAAGAAAACCGGAAAAUCUUCUUGGACACAACCGCAGGCCGACGAUAAACAUGGACAAAGCAAAGAAAAGAGUAAAAGGGAGAAAGCGAAGAAAAAUGAGAAGUUAAAGAAAUUGGAAUCUCAAAAAAGGGCUCAAAAGCGAAAGAGUGAUGGCCAAGAAGGCAAUUCUGCAAAGAAGAAAAAUAAGCCAGAUACACCUGAAAAACCAGUAAGACCAAGCCCAAGUCCAAGCAAGCAGCCAGCGGAAGCUUCGCCAAACAAACAUAGCCCACUAAAGAAAACACCAUCACGUAACAUAGCCAACAACAGGCUUGCACAAUUACGGUCAAGACUCAGCAACGAAGCAGAAAAUAAUGAAAGUAGCAACGAUAAGUCACCAGUUAAACAAAAACUUAGUCCAAAAGUCAACGAGACACCUACAAAAGUUGACGAUAAAAGCCCUCAAAUAAAUGAUUCAACGAAAUGUCCGACAACAAACCAGUCUCCUAGCAGUGACAGCAUACAGUCCAUUCCAUCACCAUCUCAGUUCUUUGCGGCAAAUAAAAUAAUAUCAUCAAUGAAAGCGCAGUUGCCCGAAAAGUAUUGUGAUAAAACAAAGCAGAAGGACACAUUUGCUGAUAUAGAAGAAGGUAUCUGCAAUCAAACUGCGGAAUAUCCGUUCAUGAAGCAUCCGGCGACACCUCCACAAUUUACGGAGGCUAGUAAACUGGUUUCAGCUAUAAAGUCAAAGUUGUCAUACAAAGUGGCGAAUAAGGAUGGGAACGUGGAGACAUUUCAGAAUGCCCAGGACAGAAUGAAUGCGAUGCGGUCUAGAUUGAGCAGUGAAACAACAAUGACAGAGGAUUCCUUGAGUAAUGUCGAUUGUAAUAAUGAAAUGAUGGAUGUAGAUUAUAAAGAGAUCUCACCUAACGUACCUGCAAUUCAGGCACAGCCCUCGAAAGAGGUUGUUAAUUUUAACAGGGAUAGUAAUAAGGAUGAAUUGGUGUUAGUGGUGGACACCAAUGCGUUUAUCCACGAGCUGGAUUUCAUAAAGAACGUGCUCAAUUCACAUAUACAAGGUUACAAAGAGCAGCCAACAUUAUUGGUCCCUUGGCGAGUCAUCAAUGAGCUGGACAGGCUGAAGGACAAUAACAACGGCAACGGAGCCCUGUGCAAAAGGGCCAAGUCCGCUAUGGAUUAUUUAUACAAGUCGCUGCCAGAAAAUAGUAGGAUAAAAGGUCAGUCUCUGCGCGACUCAAACUCACAUAUAUACCCGUGCGAAUUGCCUGAUGAUGAAAUCCUAAAUUGUUGUCUCCAGCAAGCUGAGAGGGGCAAGUCUGUGAUUCUAGUAUCUAACGACAAGAACUUAUGCAACAAAGCGGUGAUAAAUAACGUGAAGUGCACAUCGACCAGCGAGCUGCGGCCGCUGCUCACCGCGCGCCAGGACGCGCCGCGCGCCGACCUGCGACACUGUCGCGACGCGACCUACCAUCUGCUGGCCACCAUGCUGGAGAAUGAAAUGAGAGCAAAAUACAAUAAUCUGUGGCAGCACGUUUUAUUCAAAGCGCCACCUUGGACGUUGGACGAUGUGCUCCAAUGUUUGCUCAAACAUUGGAUAGCCGUGUUUAACGAAGUAUUCCCGAGGGUUGUUGAACAUUUGUUAACAGAUUUGAGGAACAGUUUGCACUCUAUAGAAAGUAAAGAUCCAAAAUCAGUGUCUCAAGCGGAGGUGUCGAAUUUCCAAGAACUAUGUCUUGAUAUAGCUAAGAAGUGUCAGAUUAUACCGGAAUACAUGGAAUUAGCCAAAUUGACAGUCGAAAGGAUAGAGAAAAGGGAAGCCGAUGACGACGUGGCAGUGGUGGACGCUUUUGAAACGUUGUGGAGUAUAUUUUCGAGAUAUUGUGCAAUGCUAUCGAACGCAUUAGGUGUCCCGCACAACAUACAGACAGACGCGACGGUGCCCAGCAACGAGCCGCUGGCAGCAUUGUUGGAGAGAUACAAUUCUUUUUCACAUCAUAUACGGACGCUCACUGACGCUUUGCACGGAGUGGUGUCGGCCCCCGGGCCCGAGCCCCGGGCGCGGCUCAGCGCGGCGGCGCGCGGCGCGCUCGCUCGGCUGAGCGCGCGCGCGCCCGCCGCCCGCGCGCUGCACUCGUUCUGCGACACCAGCUGCGACAUGUUACAAGAAGCAUACACGAAGUUCUCGCUCCUGGUCGACGUGUUACAAGCGUGCCAACAAGCCAUGGACGGUAACUAAACCAUUUAUACAGUCGCCGACAAAAGUGUCAGAUAAAAUUUUUAUUUUUAUUUUUUAUGAUAGGUUUUUAUUAAG